CAAAUUUAAUGGUUGCUUCAGGCCCAAGGCCUGAAAAGUGCUUUUUGUUCCCAUCGGUUUUGCCUCCUCAACCAAAUCAAACGGAUAGUUUAGUUAGUCCCGGUACUGUUAUACUGCCCGCCCAAUCAGUAAUGUCAAACACAGGAUCUCACAAAAUGUACGGAAAAGCCUCCUUCGCUCUCAUUGUCGCCUUCCUCCUCCUCAUCACCUACUCAAUCUUCAUCGGCACCGUCGACGUCCGAUCCUACUUCCUCCCGCUCGCCCCCUUAUCGCUGCCGCCGGUAGCCGCCCAGUCUCUAUGCGCCACCACCUCCCCGCCUCUCAAAGUCUACAUGUACGAUCUCCCGCGCCGCUUCAACGUCGGAAUUAUGAACCGCCGGAGCACCGAUCAGACUCCGGUGACCGCCCGGACUUGGCCUCCGUGGCCCAAGAAUUCCGGGCUCAAGAGGCAGCAUAGUGUUGAGUACUGGAUGAUGGGCUCGCUUUUGUCCGACGGUAAUGGCGGUGAUGGGAGAGAGGCGGUUAGGGUUUCUGAUCCGGAAUUGGCCGAUGCCUUCUUUGUGCCGUUUUUCUCUUCGUUGAGCUUCAAUACUCAUGGGCACAACAUGACCGACCCGGCUACUCAGAUUGAUCGCCAAUUGCAGGUAGAUUUAUUGAAAAUCUUGGGGGAAUCAAAGUACUGGCAAAGAUCUGGAGGGAGAGACCAUGUUAUCCCUAUGACACAUCCGAAUGCUUUCAGAUUUCUUCGGCCACAGGUCAAUGCAUCAAUUCAGAUUGUUGUAGAUUUUGGAAGGUAUCCUCAUGUCAUGUCAAAUCUGAGCAAAGAUGUGGUCACUCCAUAUGUGCACGUUGUGGAUUCCUUUACAGACGAUAACCAUCCAGAUCCAUUUGAGUCCCGCACUACGCUUCUUUUCUUCCAGGGAAGGACAUACAGGAAAGAUGAAGGCAUUGUUCGAGUUAAAUUGGCUAAAGUCUUAGCUGGUUACAAUGAUGUUCACUAUGAGCGGAGUGUUGCAACAGGAGAUAACAUAAAAUCGUCUACGCAACGGAUGCGUUUAUCAAAAUUUUGUCUGCAUCCGGCUGGAGACACUCCGUCUUCUUGUCGCCUAUUUGAUGCUAUUGUGAGCCACUGUGUUCCCGUCAUUGUGAGCGAUGAAAUUGAGCUCCCGUUUGAGGAUGAAAUUGACUACACCAAAUUCUCACUAUUCUUCUCAUUCAAAGAGGCUUUGGAACCUGAUUACAUGGUUAAUCAGCUUCGUAAUGUUUCAAGGGAGAGAUGGAUUGAAAUGUGGGGGACACUAAAGAAUAUUUCCCACCAUUUUGAAUUCCAUUGCCCCCCAGAGAAAGAGGAUGCAGUCAAUAUGCUAUGGAGACAGGUGAAGAACAAGCUCUCUGCCGUCAAACUUUCUGUACAUAGAAGCCGGAGGUUGAAAAUACCAGACUGGUGGCGGAGGAGAAAGUGAUUUCAGGAGAUUGCAUUUUUUGUACACUCAAGAUCCUUAUUUUUUACCAUCAUAGUGACAACCCUUAAGGGGGUAAAGAAAUGUAGGUACCACAACACCCACAGAUUCUGCGGGUAAUGUUUGAGAGAUUCAAUAGCGUUCUUCACAGCAUGCGGCUUGUCUAUUCGUUCACCCUGCCAAUUUUUUGUGCCAGUUGAGAGAUUCAGUAGCGUUCUUCAAGUCAAAUAUUGAGAGGUAUUCUCUCUUGAUGAUGAGAUUGCACUGGGUCACUAAUUUUCCAAGAAUUGCUGGUUGUCUGACCUUCGAACACUGUAAAUUUGAGUCCUGAUGUUGUAGUAACACGGGGCUGUUCGCAUUGAACGACAGAUGUCUAGUAUUCGUGGGUAGUCGUCCGGUUGAUUUUUUCGUCGGAAAGACAGAUGUUGCCGUUGAGAUGGCUAAACAAAUUGACGGCCCUCCAAAGAAAUGUGGUUUCCAAUUUGGUCAAUCAGAUCGAUGUAUAUGUAAAAUUUGCUUAAUUAAAGUAGAUUUGUUGAA